AUGGCGGAGGAGGCGGCGGCGGCGGCGGCGCGUGACUGCUGCUGCCUGGUCAGCCUCGGCGGGGCCUGCGCGGCGCCGGGCGGCGGCCCCCGCAGCUGCAGCGGGGUGCUGCUGAGCCGCCGCCCCGCGCUGGUGCUGUGCCAGGGAGCUGUGUUCGCCCCGUUGCUGCGGGACGGCCCCGCCGCCUGGGCGCGGCCCCGCGCCCUCCCGCCCGCCGCGCUCCGGCCCUGCCCGUCCCUCGUGGUCCUGCAGCCCGCGGCCCCGGGCGGCCCGGCCGGCGGCGUGCGGCAGUGCGAGGCUCAGCUCCUGGCGCUGGUGCCCUGCGGCGCCUUCCGGCGGGCGCUGGACGCGGCCUUCGGCCCGGCCCAGCACUGGCGUUUCGGCGGGGAGGAGGCGGGGGACGACCCGCGGGCGCUGCCCUGGUUCGCCUGGCUGAGGGUGCCGGGCCUCGACACCCCCGACGGCGGCUGGGCGGCCCGCGCCGACGCCGGCAGCCUGCGGAGGGGCGAGGGGCUGCUGGCCUGCGGCUCGCCCUUCGGAGCCCUCUGCCCCGACCUGUUCCUCAACACCCUGAGCAGAGGGGUGGUGAGCAACCUGGCCGGGGAGCGCAACGCCCUCAUCCUCACGGACGCGCGCUGCCUGCCCGGCACCGAGGGCGGCGGGGCCUUCGUGCCCGCGCCCGCCGGGCCCCGGCUGGUGGCCGUCAUCGCCGCCUCCUUCUGCUGGAAGGGCGCCGAGUGGGUCGGGCUCACCCUGCUCUGCUCGCUCGCCGCCAUCCUGCGCAGCAGCGCCGGGGUGCUGGGCGAGGCGGGGGUGGCGGUGCCGCCGGUGCUGGCGGCCGCGGCGCGGGCGGGAGGCGGGCGGGACGCGCUGGGCUGGGUGGCGCUGGUGGAGUGCGGGGCGGCGUGGGGCUCGGGCGUGCUGCUGGCCCCGCGGCUGCUGCUCACCUGCCGGCACGUGGUGGAGGCGCGGGGGCUCCUCCGUGUGACGGCGGCGCCCGGCCCCAGCCGGCCUGCCGCCGUGCUCGGAGGGCGUGUGGUGUUCACCACCGAGGAGUCGUCCCCCUUCGACGUGGCGGUGGUGGAGCUGCAGGAGAGCGUGCCGGGCUUCGUCCCCCCGUGCCCAGCGGACGCUUUCCUCCCAGGAGAGGAGGUGAGCGUGGUGGGCUUUGGGGCACUGGGGCCGGUGUGCGGCCCCUCGGUGACGGCCGGGGUCCUCUCGGCCGUGGUGGCCGUGGCCGGGCGCCCCGUCAUGCUGCAGACCACCUGUGCUGUCCACGGGGGCUCCAGCGGCGGCCCCCUCGUCGCCUCCCGCAGCGGACGCCUCCUGGGGAUCGUGGCCAGCAACACCCGGGACACUGCUGCGGGGGCCACCUACCCCCACCUCAACUUCUGCAUCCCCAUCACGGUGCUGCAGCCCCCCAUCAUGCGCUACCGCUGCACGGGCAACCCCUCCGCCUUGGCCGUGCUCAACCAGGCGGGCGAGGGCGUGCGGGCGGCGUGGCGGCUCCAGCGGCAGACGGGCCCCACCAGCAAGCUCUGACCUGCCUCCCGAGGGGCACAUGCCAGGGAGGGGGCUGCACCAGCCCCUCUUUGGCCUCACAUGUGUCAAGGCCAAGCACCCGGACCCCGCAGGCGUGGGGAAGGGUGGGUGUGCUGGGGUGGGGGAUGCAGCAUUGGUGCCUUUGUCAGCUUGCUGGCAUCCCCAAACUGGGGAGGGGGUUUGGUUUACUUUCUUUUCUUUCUCAAGCCAUAAAUGCUGUGAAUCAAGUGUCA